AUGACGACCACAACGACACCACGCGCCAUUCAAAAGACCUUUCUGGCUCGCGAGCAGUCAGAAGGCGCCGGCGCCCGUGUACGGCGGAGCGUGGGCACGCCCCAGCUCAAGAACUUUACUCCCUUCUUGAUGCUGGACCACUUCAACGUGCCCUUUGGCGCGGGUUUUCCCGAUCAUCCGCACAGGGGUCAGGAGACUAUCACCUACCUGCUUGAGGGUAGCGUUGACCAUGAGGACUUUGCGGGGAAUAAGGGUACAAUUAAUGCUGGAGACUUGCAAUUUAUGACCGCAGGACGCGGUAUCAUGCACGCCGAGAUGCCCGGACGCACCUCACCCACCAACAUUGGCAUGCAGCUCUGGGUUGACCUCCCCAAAGAGCUGAAAUCCUGUGAACCACGCUACCGCGAUCUUCGCGCAUCCGAGAUCCCACUCGCCACCAGUUCUGACGGCAAGGUCAACAUUAAGGUGAUCUCGGGCCGCAGUCUCGGCGUCGACAGCGUGCAGGACCUCGCUUACACCCCCGUCUGGCUGCUCGACGUCACCGUGCAACCCGGCGGCAGCAUCACGCAGGAGCUGCCCAAGGGCUGGAAUGCCUUUGCAUACACACUCUCCGGCCUCACCAACUUCGCCAACGGAACCGACAAGACAGAGUCCGUGCAGCCGUAUCACAAUGUGGUCUUCGCCCAGUCGGGUGAUGGCGUCACCGCGAGCGUCGAGGAUGGUGCCAGCGAAGACGGGCGCUUCAUCCUCGUGGCAGGUCAACCGCUAGACCAGCCGGUGGUGCAGUACGGACCCUUUGUGACCACGAGCCGCGACGAGGUCAUGCAGGCGCUCAUGGAUUUCCAGACCCAGCAAAACGGCUUCGAGAGAGCGGCGAAUUGGGAAAGCGAGAUUGGAAAGAGUAUGGGCCAGGUCCGUUAA